AUGCCCAAAAAGUCCUGGAUCAACAAAAAGACGGCCCAGCACUUCACGCUGGUCCACCGUCCUCAAAAUGAUCCCCUCAUUCACGACGAGUCCGCCCCGUCCAUGGUCCUGAACCCCACGAAUGCGCCCGCCGCCGCUGCCUCAUCCUCCAAGGCGAAGCCGUCUUCCAGGCACCUCGACGACCUCGCCUCCGAGCUCGGUGUUGAUGCCGAGAGGAUUCGAGCCAACGAGGGCGAGGCCGCCGAGUAUGGCGUCUACUACGACGACACCGAGUACGACUAUAUGCAGCAUCUGCGCGACCUGGGCGAUGGCAAUCAGGGCGGCAGUGUCACCUUCGUCGAGGCCACCGACGACGGCAGCAACCGGAACAAGGCAAAGGGCAAGGGCAAGCAGCAAACCCUCGACUCUGCACUGAAGCAGCUGGAUAUCCAGGCCGGAGACGGGAAGAAGAAGGACCUCUUUGACGAAGAUUUCCUGCCGAGCAAGAACUUGACCAGAAAGACGUACCAGGACAUGCAAGACGUCCCAGAUGCUAUUGGUGGCUUCCAGCCGGACAUGGACCCCAGAAUCAGGGAAGCCCUCGAGGCCCUCGAGGAUGACGCCUAUGUGAACAAUGACGAGGAGGAUGACUUCUUCGGCGAGCUCACAAAAGAAGGCAACGAAGUUGACGAGUAUGACUUUGAUGAUAUGGACGACGCCGGUUGGGAGACGGACGACACGGCAAAGCCAGCCAGCGAAUACAAAGCCGGCACAUCAUCAACAGCAGCAGCAGCAGCAGCAGCAGCAGGCGACGAAGCGCCAGAACUGGUACCAGUUAUCAUGAACGAGGAGGAAGCAGCAGAGGCCGCCGACAAGGUGAACUGGAUGGAGGACUUCAAUGCCUUCAAAAAGGACCAGAAGGCCACCAGUUCGCGGAAACUCGGGGCACCCCCUUCACAAUCAGACCUCCAAUCAUCCAUCAUGACCACAACCACCAACGGUGGCCGGAGGAAAAAGCGCAAGGGUGCUCUCACGGAUAACUCGUCCUACUCCAUGACCUCGUCGUCCCUUGUGCGGACAGAACAACUCGGCAUCCUGGAUGCGCGCUUCGACAAGAUCGAGGAGCAGUACCAGCCAGACUUUGACGACAUGGGCUCAGUCUCGGCCAUCUCCACCACAUCGACAGUGGAUGGACCCGUGAGAGGCGACUUCGACAGCGUGCUGGACGAAUUUCUCGGUGGCUACGCGCAAUUCAACAAGAAAUACGUCCGCAAGGAUUGGACGAACGGCAUACAACAGCUCGACGAGAUCAGACAGGAGCUGGGUCCCGCACGGAUAAAAGGCAAGAGCAAAUCUACCAAGGCUGGCGGCGGUCGUGCACGGUAA